AUGUCUGCCGCUACCGUCUUUGACUCGACGCUCUUCGGCAACAUCUUUGGAACCGAAGAGGCGCGCCAGGCCUUUUCCGAGCGUUCGUACGUAGCCAACCUCAUCAAGGCGGAAUGUGCUCUUGCCGAGGCCGAAGAGGCCGAGGGAAUUGUGCCCGCUGGUACUGCUGCCGUGUUGAGAGAGCACUGCGACGUCUCCAAGAUUGAUUGGCAGCUUCUUGCUGCGCGCACGGAGAUCGUCGGCUACCCGGUUCUGCCCUUGGUCGAGCAGAUGUCCAAGUGGGUGGCAGAAGAGACAUCCGGUUACAUCCACUGGGGUGCUACCACCCAAGACAUCAUGGACCUUGCGUCGGUUCUCCAGAUGAAGACCGGUCUCGAAAUCGUCGAGCGCCUCCUCCGCAAGGUCACCUCCACACUCGAAAAGAUGUCCGCCGCCUACAGAGAUGUUCCGAUGGCCGGCAGAACGCACCUGCAACAUGCGCUCCCCAUCACUUUCGGAUACAAGUGCGCCGUCUGGCUGGCCGGCUUCCGGAGGCACGUGAAGCGUCUCGAGCAGAUCAAGGAGAGCUGCUUGCUGGUCCAGUUCGGCGGCGCGGCCGGUACCUUGGCCUCUCUGGGCACGUCCGACAGCGGCAUUCGCGUCCGCAAGCGUCUCGCGUCCAUUCUCGGCCUGCAAGAUCCCGUCAUCACGUGGCACGUGGCGCGCGAUACGGUGGCCGAAAUCAUCAACUACCUUGCCCUUGUCGGUGGUAGCUUGGGAAAGAUUGCGUUGGAUUUGAUCAUCAUGUCAUCCAACGAGCUGAACGAGGUUGCCGAGCCCUACGUGCCGCAUCGCGGUGCCUCAUCGACAAUGCCGCAGAAGCGAAACCCGAUCUCGAGUGAGGUUAUCCUUGCGCAAUCCAAGAUCCUCCGCGCGCAAGCCGGUCUCGUUUUGGAUGGCAUGGUGUCGGACUUUGAGAGGGCGUCCGGGCCAUGGCACCUCGAGUGGGCUGCCAUCCCGACGGCUUUCAUCUCUAUUGUCGGCUCCCUGCAUCAGGCAGAGUUCGCGCUGUCUGGUCUGCAGGUCAACAAGGACGUUAUGAUGACCAACUUAAAGUCGACGAAGGGUCUGAUUGUCGCCGAGGCCGUUAUGAUGGACUUGGCAAGAUACACUGGCCGCCAAGAAGCACACGAGAUCGUUUAUAAAGCGUGUGUUGAGGCCCACGAGAACGGCAUCUCGUUACAGGAAGCCCUUGAGAAGUCGCCGCACGUCACAACCCACCUCGCAUCAGCCGAGCUUUCCAAGCUCUGCGAUCCCACGAGGUACCUUGGGUGCUGCCAGCUGAUGAUCGACGAGCUGCUUGGUCAGAAGACGGCAAACACUAAUGGGUUGGCGAAUGGCAACGGCUUAACCAACGGUAGCCAUUGA